AAUAGCUCCGAAACUUUAAAAUCAACGUGGCUGAUGAAAUAUUUUCGUUUGGCGCACCCCGAGUUCUGUUUUUCUAAGGACUCAUGUUGGGGUUUUGAUUAAAAGUUCAGAGAAAUGUUUGCAUUUUCAAGAAAAGUUUUCCGGAUGUCUUUUACGAAGUAAUUGACGCCAUGAUCGCUAAUGAAAAGAGGUCGGAAGAGGAUCAAAUCCGCCAGAGGCUAAGAAAAUAGCGUAAGGAACAGUUGCCAAACAUCAAAAUCAAGUGAAUUACGAAACUGUGGAAGUAACUUCGCAUGACAUAGGCUUUCCCCAGGUGAUGUAAACAAAAGUCACCCUUAGGAGAGUCAAUUUUGGUUUCGCCUCUUUGGUCUAAGUGACUUGUGUGGAAAGUUAUGCCACUUUGAGCUAUCACUUCCAGAACCUCACCAGCUGUAUUGGGAAAACGAAAGAAGGAAAAUCACCCGCAAUUUUGACAUUAAAGUUAAGUUCUCAUUCUCAUCCACAAGGACGAAUCGAAAGGAAUCUUAAAAGAAAUGAAUUCAUUCACAUACAGAAGUUUGGUCCUCGUUGUCCUCAUUUCCUUGGUUACAAGAACAACAACAAAAGACUUUACACCCGAGGAGCGACUUAUCACCACUCUGCUUGCAAAUUACACGAAGGAAGCCCGACCAGUGAGAGACCCCAAACAAAAAGUUGUAGUUACAUUUGGAUUUGAACUUGUCCAGUUGGUCAAUAUUGAUGUCAGAAAUCAAAUGAUUACAACAAACGUCUGGGUUCGCCAAAUUUGGGACAACGAGCUUCUCACGUGGGACCCUAAGGAUUAUGACGGCAUUCAGACGGUCAGACUGGACGCAUCCCUGGUCUGGAUUCCAGAUAUUGUCUUGUACAACAGCGCGGAUAAUGAAUUCAGCGGUGGUACUGAUAAAUACAAGACUCCGGUGAUUUUGUCAAGUAAUGGGAGCUGUAGUUGGUUUUGCCCGGCUUCGUUCACCAGUACAUGCCCUAUAGACGUACAGUACUUUCCAUUUGAUCGUCAGAAGUGCGUAUUGAAAUUCGGCUCUUGGACUUACGAGGUAAUAGACCUCGACAUGAAGGAGGAAAAUGGAUCUUCCCAAUCUCAGUACAUACAAAGCGCCGAGUGGGUUCUGUCCGGAAUCAAAAAACAAAGAAACGCUAAGAAAUACACAUGCUGCAAGCACAAGUUAGCAGAUAUCAGUAUAACAAUUAUCAUGGAUCGGAAACCUUUAUUCUAUCUUUUCAAUCUUGUCAUACCAUGUCUGAUAAUCCUCUCCAUGAUUCUACUCGGCUUCUUUUUGCCUCCGGAGUCGGGUGAAAGGAUCACACUCAGUAUCACAGUACUGCUGGCUAAUGCAGUCUUCCUUCAGCUGGUAGGAGAGAGCCUCCCUAGGAACUCUGAGACAGUGCCUCUACUGGGGAAGUUCUACAUCACUAUCAUGGCGGAGAUCUCCAUCUCACUGAUGCUGACGUGCUGGGUCUUGAACAUUCAUUAUCACGGAUCAGGGAAUUCGGUAAAGGCGGUGCCCCUAUGGGCUCGUAUCAUUGUACUUCAAUGGCUCGGGUACAUACUAUGUGUGGGUAAACCCGAUGGUAGUUCACCCGAUAUUCCAAACACAGACCUCAGAUACCACCAAGACGACAGCAAGAGGAGAGGUGCACCUUUCGCACUCGACUGGGAAACCACCUUUGCACCAGCCGCCAACUGUCAUUGCACGAGAUGUAUAAAUGCAAGAGGAACACACUACAACGGCGAACGAAGCCCGGACGAGUCUAAACUAAUAGAAGUUAGGUACACCAGAGAUUCAUCUCCCGUGGACUUUCCCGAGCCAAGGCGAGAAAAACUCCCAAGGGAACCUAAACUCCCAGAGGAAAUUAGCGUACUUGCAAACAGCGUGAAAGAACGCGAAAAAGUUGAGAAAAACCAACAGGACUGGAAAUACUUUGCCAUGGUGAUGGACAGGUUUUUCUUUUGGUUUUACUCCAUGACUAUCCUGGUGUCUACUUUAACCAUCUUCUUAAGCCGUAGCGACGAGGACAUUGGAACAUAAACAAAACCAGUUUCGCUGAAGUCAACAUAGAUUUCCUGCACAAGGACACAAUAUCCAAAUCUCUGUUGAAAAGUUAGAUAGCAUUAUCUUGGGCAAGAACCUCCUUCAAAAUCAGUCCUUCGCCUUCAGUCUAAAAACGUUUGACAAAGGGUGCUCAAUAUAGGUCACUUGAGCAACAUGACUAAAGCUUACCGUGCAAGUUUGGUGGAAAAAUCCACAGUUGAUAAAAUGCCACAUGGAUAUGCGUGUUAUUCUAAAAGUGUAGUCAAUCCAGGUCUUUUAAACAGAUUUAUUUACCAGCCAACAAAGGAAUAAAUUUACGUUAUAGAAGAAAGGCUAGCCCACAUAAGUCGAAGCCUGUUUAUAAGGCUAAGUUUAUCGGUGUAAUAUGGCCCUAAAAUCCACUGUAUAUUGCAAGGAAGUUUUUUCUCAAUUAUUUUCGAUUUCUAAUGCCAAGAACCGACUUAAGGAAAUCUUUUUUAAUUCCUUAACUCCAAAGACCUGCAGAUGCUGAAUUCUCCGUCGAAUUUAUUUUUAAUUUCUUGUGAACCAGUCGGGAACGUAAUGGAUCUUUCUCUUCUAAUGACUUUCAAAUUGAAGUAUAGAUAUUUAGAGAAGUUGAUCGUUUUUCACUUUUGGGAACUUAAGGAUUAAGAUUUUGGCAUUCACCUCUUUGAUUCUUAAAAAAUAUCGAAGUUCCUGUCUUGGGCUGCAAAUCGGUUUAAGGUAGCUGCAUGCUGCAAUCAUUCUUGACCUAGUUGCUAGGAGAAGGUCAUGACUCGGUGAAACGGGCUACCAAUAGCUGUUUUAUGAUGAAUUGUCUCACCCUUCACUGGGCUAUUGUAUCCUUUUAACCAUAACAAAAAUCGAUCGUUUUUGCUGAUUUAAAAACUGCACAUUCAGUUCAACAGCAAUGAUAAAGUAGAUUUAAUUACAAUCGAUUCAAGUAUUCAUUUUCCGUAAAUUGAUAGCUUGCAGAGGAUAUUCGCUAGACUCAACUAUUCCUUAACUUAGAUACCGUACUUCCUCGAAUAAGCGCCCCAUCCCCCGAAAGAGCACCCACCCCCCCUUGGGCCAUAACUUCAAACAAGCGUCUCCUUCCCCCUCCUUCCUCACUGUCUUAAAUAGAAGGAAUACAAAGGAAACCUGAUUCUCUAUUGCCAUUAUAUUUAUAGCUUUUAAAGCUUAUACAGAAACGGAAUCAGUAUAGUUUAAUAAUUUCUUAAGAAGUGCCCCCCUUCCAAAAGACGCCCCUCUUUUUUUAGCCGAUAUUUUAAAUAAGCGCCCAAGUGCCAACUAGGGGAAAUACGGUAUUUCGUCGAUGAUGUGUAGCUUUCAAUGUUUCAUAAUCUACGAAUUGUCUUAAUUUCUAUCAUUGACAUAAAAGAGUGCAUCGAAAGUGAUGAAAUAUGCUUCCAUCGUCAAACUUUCUUCUGAUAGUUGUUCCUCGAAGACACAAAACGUGUUAUUGUCAAUCUAACGUAGCUUCGGAUCAAAACACGUUCUUAACGGAAUAAUAUAUUCAACAAAUAAUCAUUGAUAUUGUUAAAAUGAUUCUAAAGUUUUUCAUCACUAAGCAUGUAUGCUAUAUAAAGACAAAAUUGAAUUAUUAAAAUUGACGAUG